CCGCCUCCUCCUGCCGCCGCCGCCGCCGCAGCCGCCUCCUUGCCGGCGCCCACCCCAGCUACCGCCCGCCUGCUCGCCUGAGCAGCAGAGAUGCCCGGGAGCCCGAGCCCAGCCCCGGCCCCGGCCCAGGCUCCGGCCCCCGGCCAGCCCCAGCGUUAACCUCGCGCGCCCCGGAGCGGGCCGCCGCCGCGGAAAUUCGCGCCCGAAGCCGCGAUGGGCAACACGGUGCACAGGACCCUGCCAGAUGCAAGCCCACCGGCGCGCCUCCUUGCCACCCGGCCGUGCUGCGGCCCUGGCCCCGAGCGGCGCCCGGUCCUGGGCGAGGCGCCGCGCUUCCACGCGCAGGCCAAGGGCAAGAACGUGCGGCUAGACGGCCACUCGCGCCGCGCCACGCGGCGUAACAGCUUCUGCAACGGCGUCACCUUCACGCAGCGGCCCAUCCGCCUGUACGAACAGGUGCGCCUGCGCCUGGUGGCUGUGCGCCCUGGCUGGAGCGGCGCGCUGCGCUUCGGCUUCACGGUGCACGAUCCGUCGCUCAUGAGCGUCCAGGACAUCCCCAAGUACGCGUGCCCCGACCUGGUCACGCGGCCAGGCUACUGGGCCAAGGCGCUGCCUGAGAACCUGGCGCUGCGCGAUACAGUGCUGGCCUACUGGGUGGACCGCCACGGCCGCGUCUUCUACAGCGUCAACGAUGGUGAACCCGUGCUCUUCCACUGCGGCGUGGCCGUGGGCGGCCCGCUGUGGGCGCUCAUUGACGUGUACGGCAUUACGGAUGAGGUGCAGCUGCUGGAGAGCGGCUUCGCAGACACCAUGACGCCGGCUCGCCUCAGCCAGGCCCGCUUCAACGCCUGCCUGCCGCCCAGCAGCCACGACGCCGCCAACUUCGACAACAACGAGCUCGAGAACAACCAAGUGGUGGCCAAGCUGGGCCACCUGGCGCUCGGCCGCGCCCCGGGCCCGCUGCCUGCCGACGCCGCCGUCGCCGCCGCCGCCAUCCCGUGCGGACCCCGCGAGCGCGCCAGGCCCGCGUCCUCGCCGGCGCUGCUCGAGGCCGACCUGCGCUUCCACGCCACGCGCGGGCCCGACGUGAGCCUGUCGGCCGACCGCAAAGUCGCCUGCGCGCCGCGCCCCGACGGCGGCCGCACCCUGGUCUUCAGCGAGCGCCCGCUGCGGCCCGGCGAGAGCCUCUUCGUGGAGGUGGGGCGCCCGGGGCUGGCGGCGCCCGGCGCGCUGGCCUUCGGCAUCACGUCGUGCGACCCGGGCGCGCUGCGGCCUGCCGAGCUGCCCGCCGACCCCGACGCGCUGCUCGACCGCAAGGAGUACUGGGUGGUGGCGCGCGCCGGGCCCGUGGCGAGCGGCGGCGACGCGCUCAGCUUCACGCUGCGGCCCGGCGGCGACGUGCUCCUGGGCGUCAACGGACGCCCGCGCGGCCGGCUGCUGUGCGUCGACACCACGCAGGCGCUCUGGGCCUUCUUUGCCGUGCGCGGCGGCGCCGCGGGCCAGCUGCGCCUCCUCGGUACCCUACAGUCCAGUCCUGCAACCACAACUCCAUCCGGGUCCUUUAGCGGCUCCCAAGACGAUAGCGACUCAGACAUGACCUUCAGUGUCAACCAGUCCUCCUCGGCGUCUGAGUCAUCCCUGGUGACAGCCCCCAGCUCCCCGCUGAGCCCCCCAGUGUCCCCUGCUUUCUUGCCCCCGGAGCCAGCAGGCAGCAAGAACAGUGAGUGCACAGUGUGCUUUGACAGCGAGGUGGACACGGUCAUCUACACGUGCGGACACAUGUGCCUGUGCCACAGCUGUGGCCUGCGGCUCAAGAGGCAGGCCCGGGCCUGCUGCCCCAUCUGUCGGCGGCCCAUCAAGGAUGUCAUCAAGAUCUACAGGCCAUAACCUGGCCGCCGCCGCCGGGCCUUGGCCAGAGCAAGGUCCUCUUGUGAAGCCCCACUGGGCUGGGCAAGCACCCUGGCUGCCUGAGAGUCCAAAGGCAGCGGCCGUGUCAUCUGCCACUCUCCAGUGGCGUCCAGUCGUGGAGAUGAGGCCCUGGGGGGUCUGAACCCCGGCUCUAAAGUGCUUUGCCCCCGAGAGCAAGCUCAGGAACUGCCUGGCAGAGUGCCCUGUCCCUCGGUGACCUUGCAGCCGGGAAACAGCAUCCUCCGUGCGAAGCUUAUUUCUGGGGCUGGGACUGAGUGUGUGUGAGGGAGGCGGGGCGCAGAGCGAGACGAGAGCGCAUGGGUGUUUUAUGCAGGGAGCCUGGCUGUGGGAGAUGGACAGGUAGGAAUGUGCAAUGCAGAACCCAGAUGUUAGCGUAACUAGAAAUCAUUCACUUUCCCUGAACGUGACCUAAGCUGGUUUUGAACGAGCAAAGCUUGAACCUAAACAGAACUCCUUGGAUGCUAUAGAAAAAAAAAGAGACACUCAGCGUUUCUAAGGGGAGGCAAAAAACAAAACAAAACAAAACAAAAAAAAACUCAUUGUUUACAGCUCCAAGGCAGCAGCUCCUCGGGGGAGGUGAGUGGAGAACAUCGGGGGGCAAUCCGCCGUCGUGGGUUCUUGCGCCAUCUUGCACUGCGAUUUUGGUGGCUGCUGCGUGGCUGAGCUCUGGUCUUCUCGCCCCUUCCGCCCAAGACAGUGUAAUAAGCACACCGCACCUUGACUUGUCUAGAUGCUUUCGGAUCUUGUCACUUCCCUCCCCGUGUCCAGGAAGCAGACAGGAGGCAGGGUUUCUUGUCCUGGGGGUGGGCGAUGCUCCCAGAGGCAGGUGGCUCCUGCGCAUGUGGCUCUCUCUGUUUCCUAGUGUGACCCCAGGCCUGGCCAACAGGGACUUGUGGGUAUUUCCAGAAGGCAGAGGAAGCAGGGCUUGGUCACUGGUCUUUGUUCUGGUUCUCUGUUUAGGAAGCUUCCCUUGCCAGUCACCAGGGUGUUCCCUGAAAAGCGCGUUAACUAGCAAUUGAGACUUUUACUGAAAAUGUGGACGCUGGGAUUUCUCCCCCUUGCUGGGUGUAUCUGCUGAUGUUUGCUAGGAAGCUGGCCCUGCUCCUGCCCGCUCACCGCUGCCUGUGGUCUCUGCAGGCUCCAGCACACGCCUGGGCUGGCUGACUGAUCCAGGCCUGCCCCUCCCUCCCAGCCCCCAGUUCUGGACCCUCCAUCUGCCCUUACUGCACCUUCAGGGAAGUGCUUUGACCGCUCCGAUUCUCAGUUAGCAGUCAGAAGUCUAGUACCUGACCCGUGCAAGGGCCCUCAGGACCAGCACGACAUUCUCAAAGGCUGGGGACGCCUGGAGAGGGGCAGUGGGCAUUUUUAUCCCCAUUCCUAACCUGUGCGUCUCUUGCUGAGGAAGGUGAGAGAAGAGGGUAUUCAGGGAGUUAGCAAUGAAGCACCAAACAUUGGCUGUUUGCGGAGGGGGUGGGUGCCCAGGGCCAGGCCAGGCUCUCUCGAGAUGCCUCCCACAAGGGUGGUCUGAGCCGGAGCUGUGCUUCUCUGCCUGGGCGUAGGCAUGGAUUUCUGACCAGACCUCCCCUUCAGAGGAAACCCUGCUCUCUUGACUGGCUGGAGCCUGUGAUGGGUUCUUCUUCCCUGGUGAAUUUGGGGAGCGUGCCCACAUUUUGAUUUCACAGCAGGUCUUUGGAGGAGCUGCUCCUGGAACUCCAGUGUCUGCCAGAGUAAGAGCUGGGGAUUCUGGGCAGCCCAGGGGGCACAGCUGGAGCUCUGGGCCUCCCCCUGUGCUGGCUGCAGGGGGAAGUGGACAAAGUCCCUGGCUGGGAGGGUCCUCAGACACUGCCCCUCCCCCCCCAGCCCCAUGGAGACCGUCGCUGGCUCUGGUGGGCUGCUUCCAGGGACAGCCAGUUUGCCCCCUCUCCCACCCCACCCCCAGCUGCCACCUUGAGUCUCAGCUAAGGUCAUGAACAGCCGCCACCAGGAAACCAGUGACUGCGGGUAAACCAGGAGUGUGCUGGCCACCGUCACCUGUUGAACCUGCUCUGCAGCUGCUUUAAUAACUUUCCUGCUUCUAAGAGGAGUUAGGGGGUGUCUGUCCUGAGCAGAGUCGUUCAGAGCUAAGGAGGAGAUGCUCAAACCCCACCUCUGUUGAGAAGGGGCGGGGUGGGGGGGGGACCACCUGUUAACUCCACACCUACUACGUGCCUUGGCACUGGGCUAGAACAGGGCCUGCCUGCAUUAGUCCUGUGAGGCAGGUCUUAGGGCCGUUCCGAG